AUUGGGGAUUUCCCAUUGAAGGAAGAGGGUCGGAGGAGAGCGCUCCGAUUUCCAAUUCGAAACGCGUUCGGUAAAGUUAUGAGAAGUUGUAGUGGUUGAUUAUGGAUAAAGAGAGUCCGCGGUCUAUUUCUUUUCGCACACAUCGUAGAGGCGAAAGGAGUAAUUUAAACCAACAUAGUAAAGAUGUUGAAGAGGGAUUCCCUCUGGGAAGGGUGACACAGGAUUAUCCCAUGAAGAUUGUUUGGAAGAAGGGCUUUAUUCGAUUGGUUCUUGUAGGUGGCAUUUUGUGGAUGCUACUAAUUCUCCUCGCGUCAUUAUUUCAUGUUUGGUCCUGCCAGUCUUCUAUCUCUUUCUUCUCAGCUAUGUGUAACAAAGAGAGCAAGGUCUUCUCCAUGUUAGACUCCCUUGGGUUUGUACCAAAAGGACAAUCGCAACACCGCUGUCCGAUUCCUGUUGUCAGUGAUCCUGAUAAGAUAAAAAUUCCAAAAGGAAGAACUCCUGAUGAAAUUGUCAAAAACUUAACAUACGUUUUAGAUGAUGAGAUUUUGCCUGACGGAACUCUGUCAUCCCCACUAUUCGGAGGACAUCAAAAUUGGGCUCAGAGAGAGGAGAGUUUUAGACUAAAAUCUGACAUGAAGUUGCACUGUGGUUUUAUUCGAAACGGUGGUGCUGAAAUGGCUCCUGCAGACAUCAACUAUGCCAAAAAAUGUAGGUUUGUGGUUGCAUCAGGCAUUUUUGAUGGUUAUGAUGUACCCCAUCAACCUUCAAAUUUAAGUCCUCGUUCUAAGAAGCUCUUCUGCUUUCUCAUGGCGGUCGAUGAAACAUCUCUUGAAUUUAUCAAGGGAAAUGUGACAGUCAGAGAGGAUAAUGAUGGGGGAAAAUGGGUUGGUAUCUGGCGUCUUGUUUUGUUGAAGCAUCCGCCUUACGAUGAGCCAAGAAGGAACGGGAAGGUCCCCAAGAUAUUAACCCACCGCAUGUUCCCUAACACCCAGUACAGCAUUUGGAUCGAUGGUAAAAUGGAGCUCAUGGUUGAUCCAUUGCAAAUUUUAGAAAGAUAUUUAUGGCGUGGGAAGCAUACAUUUGCCAUUUCUCAGCACAAGCACCACCGCAGUAUAUACGAGGAGGCUGAUGCAAACAAGCGGAGGAAGCGAUAUGCUCGACCUCUUAUCGAUCUACACAUGAAAAUUUAUCGUUAUGAGGGUUUGGAGGCAUGGGAUCCAACCAAGAAAACCGUUAGUGGUAAGAAGGAACACCGUAGAUUUUUUGAGUUGUGUAAUUUGUUAGUUCUGUUUAUUUGUUUCUCCUCCGCUCAUUUUUAUAAACUGAUUCAUUAUCGCUAUCAAUCCCUAGAUUCACACUCAGCUCACAAGUUACUUCCUAAGUAUUUUGGCCCAUUUGAAGUCAUUGAAAGGGUGGGUCCGGUAACCUACAGACUCAUGCUGCCUGCUAACUCCAAGAUACACCCAGUUUUUCAUGUUAGCAUUCUCAAGAACACUUGGGUCCAUUAG